UAAACCAUAGGCUCCUGGGCACUUUGGAGGGGCUUUUAUUAAAAAAUAUGUGGAUGUGUGUGUAUUUCCAUCUAUUUUUUUCCAAGAGAUGUUUCCUUUUAGUUGGAAAGCCACAUUUGGGUACAGACAUCUGGGUAUAAUGUCACCAGCAGAAAUUAGCAAUUUUUGUUUUUCUAACUUUUGUAGCUCUGGUCAGUUUCACAUGGGCUUCUAUCAGUUGAAAUGGCAUUUUCAACUUCAGCCAAGAGGAGGUUAUUAGGUUAUAAGUGCUAAAAAUGAUGAGUCGUCUCCACACUUCAGUGUGAAUAAAAGCAAAAUUAUAAAAUAAUUAUAAUCUGAAACAGAGCCGGCCAUGCAACCCGAAGCUAUCUUUCUUCAUUAAUUAGUAUACAGUUCUUAUUUUAAGAGAAAAACUUUCAGAGGGUACUCACAUGGGACUGCUGAACCAGCUGUACAACUUUUAUUUUGAAGAAAAAAAGUUGAGCCUCAGAACAGUCUGUUUCAAAGACAGGGAGGGACUUAAAACAGUCUGUUUUAAAGACAGGAGGGACCGUUCUGAGCUUGACCAGCAUGUGGAAGGAGAGCUCUCAUGGCUGCGAUAACUUAGGGAAUUCCUACCUGGGUGGCACUUGGGGCAGGAAGUUUUCUGUUUGUUUUGUUCUGUUUCAGAGGGUUCCGUGCACUUCUCUUGCCAGGAUUAACGUGACUCUUGGUGGUUUUUGCACACCCUGCUCUGUGGGGGAGUACCCCAACGUGCCUGUCUUAUGUGGCCUCUAUGGACACUCUGCUCAGCUGGCAGAGAGCAGGCAAGUUUUCUCCCAGCACCCCAAAAGAGAAAGAGGAAACUACCUUUUCUUUCUGGGCUCCUUGCAGCACAAUAGAACAGGAUAAGCUUCCACAUUUCCUCUGUGGAGUUUCUGGAGUGGUUUCCAGGAAGAAGUUAAACCUUCACCUUUAAAUGGAUGACCAUGUCACAAUCAGGAAGAAACAUCUCCAAAGACCCAUCUUUAGACUAAGAUGCUUAGUGAAGCAGCUGGAAAGAGGUGACGUUAACGUGAUUGACUUGAAGAAGAAUAUUGAAUAUGCAGCAUCUGUGCUGGAAGCAGUUUAUAUCGAUGAAACAAGAAGACUUCUGGAUACUGAAGAUGAGCUCAGUGACAUUCAGACUGACUCAGUACCAUAUGAAGUUCGGUACUGGUUGGCAUCUACCUUUACACGGAAAAUGGGGGUGACAAAAAAGAAACCUGAGGAAAAACCCAAAUUUCGGAGCAUUGUGCAUGCUGUUCAAGCUGGAAUUUUUGUGGAAAGGAUGUACCGAAAAACAUAUCAUAUGGUUGGUUUGGCAUAUCCAGCAGCUGUCAUGGUAACAUUAAAGGAUGUUGAUAAAUGGUCUUUUGAUGUAUUUGCCCUAAAUGAAGCAAGUGGAGAGCAUAGUCUGAAGUUUAUGAUUUAUGAACUGUUUACCAGAUAUGAUCUUAUCAACCAUUUCAAGAUUCCUGUGUCUCGCCUAAUUGCCUUUGCAGAAGCUUUAGAAGUUGGUUACAGCAAGUACAAAAAUCCAUAUCACAAUUUGAUUCAUGCAGCUGAUGUCACUCAAACUGUGCAUUACAUAAUGCUUCAUACAGGUAUCAUGCACUGGCUCACCGAACUGGAAAUUUUAGCAAUGAUCUUUGCUGCUGCCAUUCAUGAUUAUGAGCAUACAGGAACCACAAACAACUUUCAUAUUCAGACAAGGUCAGAUGUUGCCACUUUGCAUAAUGAUCGCUCUGUCCUUGAGAAUCACCACGUGAGUGCAGCUUAUCGACUUAUGCAAGAAGAGGAAAUGAAUAUCUUGAUAAAUUUAUCCAACGAUGACUGGAGGGAUCUUCGGAACCUAGUGAUUGAAAUGGUUUUAUCUACAGACAUGUCAGGUCACUUCCAGCUAAUUAAAAAUAUAAGAAACAGUUUGCAGCAGCCUGAAGGGAUUGACAGAGCCAAAAUCAUGUCCCUGAUUCUCCAUGCAGCAGACAUCAGCCACCCAGCCAAAUCCUGGAAGCUGCACUAUCGGUGGACCAUGGCCAUAAUGGAGGAGUUUUUCCUGCAGGGAGAUAAAGAAGCUGAGUUAGGGCUUCCAUUUUCCCCACUUUGUGAUCGGAAGUCAACUAUGGUGGCCCAGUCACAAAUAGGUUUCAUUGAUUUCAUAGUAGAGCCAACAUUUUCUCUUCUGACAGACUUAACAGAGAAAAUUGUUAUUCCUCUUAUAGAGGAAGCCUCAAAAGCCGGAACUUCUUCCUAUGUGGCAAGCAGCUCAACCACCAUUGUGGGGUUACACAUUGCUGACGCACUAAGACGAUCAAAUACAAAAGGCUCCAUGAGCGAUAGGUCCUAUUCCCCAGACUACUCCCUUGCGGCCGUGGACCUGAAGAGCUUCAAGAACAACCUGGUGGACAUCAUUCAGCAGAACAAACAGAGGUGGAAAGAGUUAGCUGCACAAGGUGAAUCUGAUCUUCAUACGAACUCAGAAGACUUAGUAAAUGCUGAAGAAAAACAUGCGGAGACACAUUCAUAGGCCUGAAACACCUUAAAGACUUCUGUUAUUUUAAACAUGAGAGGACAAUGAAAACAUCAUAAAUUCUCAACCUUCCACAAAGCUAUAGCUCCUCUUUCAACACAGAAUUGGACUGGGCCAUUUUAAUUGACCCCUAUACAAGGAAUUAAGAAGAACAUAAAUUUUGAGCUAGCAACUCUGGCCAAAUAAAUACACUCAAGUUCUUAUCAGAGUUUUUGGCCAGUGCUUCUGCCAUUUUUUUCUCUCUGCAAUUUGGCCUUCUUCAAUCAAGCCAGAGAAAUUUUUGAGACAAAAGUCGGACAGUUUUUAAUUUUUCUUGCUCUGAACCCAGUCAUAAUGAUUGUGCAAUGCAAGUGCAGAAGACAAAAUAAUUUAAAAUUUACUUCCCUGCACUGUCUUACGCAGAGUGCUAUAACUAUAACUAUAAUUUUUCACGGUCUUAAAAGGAAGCAAAAACAAAAUUAUGGAAAAAAAAAUCUUUUUGCAGUGCUGAGGAAUGGACUAUUUAGAUUGUCCUUCUUGUUUCAAAUGCAUAGGAGCAAAAUGACAGGCGUGAUUGCCGAGGAGUUGGUUGAAGCACCAGAGCAAUGCUACAAUCCAAUAAUGGAGCAUCAGAACCCCAGCUAGGUGACCUGAGGAACACUUCAUGGUAAACUCUCAUGCUAAGAAAUAGCAGUGAAACCUUUCUCUGAACCCCUUGGACCAGCCUGCAUCCAUUCCCGUGGUUUCAAAGCAUGAAUGCAUAACCUCCAUGGGUGUGGUUACAAGCAAGUCACACGCUAUCUGCAGUUCAUGAUAGGACCAUCAGCCAUUGGUGGAGACAGACGCUAGAAUGGAAAAUGAAAUUUGCCUGUCGGGUGUUUAUCCCAUCAGGAUGUAACAAAACAUAUUACCAGCCAAGAAAUAAGAUACAAGAAUGUGUAUGUGUGUUCAAAAAUGUCUAUGAAAAUGAAAGCCCACACUUUUCUGUACAGAUAACAUUAUUUGACGUGACUUUUAUAUGUUACUACACAGAAACAAACUGCAGCCCUCAGAGGCCCUGCUUCCUUGUAAUGUUUUGCCUGAGCAUGUGCAAAAUCUUUCCUUUGCUCAAAGCUGAAAAACUACCUUUAUGUAUUAUUAGCUGACAAUAAAGCUCAAGCACAAUUAGAUGUUGUAACUUUUCACUGUACAAGCAUUGCAAUGACUGUGAGCUUCAGUGAAUUUGUCUUUGUGAAAGGUAGAAAUUGGAUGGAAAGAAUCAAGAGUAGCUAUCAAUUAAAUCAUGCAAAGGAGGAUCCAUCCAUCCUAACGAGUUUUCUGCUGCACCUGCUUCAUUCCUAGGUUCCACAAUGCUAAGCAAUAUUUUAGAAAAGGAUACCUUCAGAAGCUUUUAAGCCUAAGUGGUGAGAUUUUAUAACUCAUAACUUAGAUCUCUCUUAAUGUGUAAGCCAUAUUCUAUAUGCAUAUUUAGUAUGCAUCAUUCAUUGUAAUUUAAGAUAUAUUUGGGUGUAGGCUGUAUAAAAUGCUUUUGAUUGUUCCGUGAAGAGAUCCUUAGCUUUAGUUUCACCAAAAUCUCAUGCAAAACACAGCUAAAUAAUUGAAUUGUAUCAUAGACAUUACAAUGCAAUUGAUACUUUAAAUGUAAGCAGUAAGAUUGAUCUAUAAUAACAUGCUGGGGGAAAACAUUUAUAGAUAUGUACAUCAUGGUGACUUAUUAUCCUUUCAAAUGGACUUUUUAUUUCUAUUUAUGGAGAGACUGUAACUACCGCUUUGAAUGUCUUUUUAAAACAAGCUAGAAAAUAUUGUGCAUUUAAUAGAAUCUAUCUGGAGAGUAUAAUUACUAUUGUUCCUAUUUGAGCCAGUUGUCUUUCAGUAAAGCUAUAGAAUCUCUCAAAGAAGGAUUAAAUAUAAAUACUACUUCUCAAAUGUCAUAGGAAGCAUAUCCAUUUUGUUUCUAUUAAUAUUUUAAGAUCUAUAAGACCUUAUUACUAAAAUAAUAGAAUAUAAUGAAUUCAUCAAUUUAUGUACUUGGGAUUGAACCUAAUUUUCCAGGUUUUGCAACUUAUAAAGCACUGUGACCAAAUUUCCAGAGAGAGUGCAGAACAAAAACAGUUUCACUCCUUCAAAAGAAUUGUCACACUGCUGCUGUGCUUACUUGCCUAAUCUCUCUCUAUCUGCUACACUCCCUCCUUCUCUUUCUUUUUCUUUUAAGCUUUUAUAUUUCUUCCUUCCCUUGUUAUCCUCUCUGUAAGACAGCUACUACCUAGCACUAAUUAAUAGAAAGUCAGAAUGGAGGUCAUCUGUGCCUGUCCCUUCUGCAAACAUUAAUAUUGAGCCCAUCUGAAGAGAGGGAUUGAUGAGUUAGGCUGCUGCACCUUGAAUGUCCUGCUUUGCAUUUUUAACCUCAGCUCCCCAACAUAUGUAUCCUGCAAGUUUAUAUGCCUUUUCACUUAACCAAAACCUCUUUUAUUUAAUUUUUAACAUGACAACCUACAAUUCUUGUGUUUUUAUUAUGGUGUAUUUCUCUGUUUUUCUUAUUACAUGUGAUUGCUAAAUAAAUCAUGUUUGAGGGAAAA